CUUAUGAAUAUUCAGCGGGCUUUAUCCGCGUGACAGCGAGGGGGCGGAGUCUGCCCGGCGUCGCUUCAGUCCUGCGGAGGCGCUGACCGGAAGUGCCGCCGUGAGGGGAGCCGGAGCGGAGCGGAGCGGAGCGGAGCGGAGCGGCCCGGAGGACGACGACGACGACGAGGAAGAAGCGGCGGCCGGAGCAGGAGCGGCCUCUGAGGACAUUUAGGCUGAACGGCUGAUUGAGCAAAGCAUCCAGCGGAUCAGCCAGCUGCAGCAUGUUGUCUGAUGUGACAGAGGGGCUAGAUGAGCCCGAGAACCUCUCCUACGAAGAGGUGGAGGAGGAUGACGGCGUCAGCCCCACAGACUUGUCUGAGCUGCUCAAAGAAGGGACCAAGGAGUCGCACGACCGUGCUGAGAACACUCAGUUCGUCAAAGAUUUCCUGAAAGGGCGCAUCAAGAGGGAGCUCUUCAAGCUGGGCACAGUGGCCCUCUACUUCACGUACUCGGCCCUGGAGGAGGAGAUGGAGCGCAACAAGGACCAGCCAGCCUUCGCCCCUCUCUAUUUCCCCCUGGAGCUGCACCGGAAGGAGGCCCUGGUGAAGGACCUGGAGUAUUUCUAUGGGGAAGGCUGGCGGGAGGCGAUCCGGUGUUCGGAGGCCACGCAGUGCUACGUGGACCGCAUCCACCACGUGGGCCAGCAGGAGCCGGAGCUGCUCGCGGCUCACGCCUACACCCGCUACAUGGGGGACCUCUCCGGAGGGCAGGUGCUGAAGAAGGUGGCCCAGCGAGCCCUGAAGCUGCCCAGCACCGGGGAGGGGAUCCAGUUCUACGUCUUUGAGAACAUUUCCAACCCCCAGCAGUUCAAGCAGUUCUACAGAGCCCGGCUCAAUGCCCUGGAUCUGGACGGGGCGACCAAGGAGAGGGUCGUCAAGGAGGCCAACAAGGCCUUUGAGUUCAACAUGCAGGUUUUUGAGGAGUUGGACAAGAUUGGGGCCUUGUUAACAGAAGAAGUCCAAGAUGGCGGCCUCCCGGUGCAUGAUGGGAAAGGAGACCUGCGCAAAUGCCCCUACUAUGCAGCGAAGCUGGCAGCUGGCGCCGAGGGCUCCGGCUGCCCCUGCCACCUCGCGUUGGCUCUGCUGAAGCAGCCCACCGUCCAGCUGGUCCUGGCGGCCUGCGUUGCCGUGGCGGCAGGGAUGGCAGCCUGGUAUGUGAUGUGAGGCGGACGGCACUCCGCUGCCCCUGGGUGGCAGAAGGGGACGGUGGCACUUGCACAACUGGACGGCUAUUUUCCAUUGACACAGGCGGAGUUCUAAUUUAAUUAAGGAACCAUUAAACCCAAAUGCACAAUGAAUGAGAGAAUGCCUCCCUGUCUGCAUACAAGGAAGGUUUGAAAGUGUUAGCUAGUAAAAUAGAGCCGGGGAGCCCACCUGGGUUGUUUGCUUGGCUCCGCGGCUCGAAUACCAAAGCUAUGUGGGGCGCACUGGGGCCCUUUCCUGGCCACGGAGGGGGCCCCACCCUCACCCUGCCCCCUUUGCUUUAGCUCUGUGGGUGGGCUUGAAUGGUUUGUCUCCUUGGGAGCACGCUUUGCUUUUCCUAAUGUCUUGGGGCUCAGAGGGAGGGAGGCAGCCCCCCUACUUGCACCUCCGUUCACAAUACCCUCCCUCUGGCGCGGGAUUCCACAUACCGAGUCCACGAACUGCCAUCCUUUAGUUCCAGGUGUGGGCGGAACGGGGUCACUGACUUGUACAUAUGGGAAAUGCUUCACGGUUUAGUUUUCAUGUAACUUAUGGAUUGUGAUAACACCUAUGACAUAAUAAAAUUUAUACUUGGUGUCUUA